CGGGCUGUACCAACUCUCUCUGUAGUUGUGUCCAGUGAGAGAGAGAGGAGACCCAAGAUGGGGGUAUGAGCUUUCGGGCGUCACUCUUCAUUCGGAGCUUGACAUCUGGUUGGGGAAAUCAUGGGGCGAGAAGUGGAGGCCAGUAAUCGCCCCUGAGCUUCAGAACGCAGGGAGGACUUGCCAAGAGGCGCAGAUUGAUACUAACGCCCCACCAUGUCCUUGAAACCACGAGUAGUUGAUUUUGAUGAAACAUGGAACAAGCUUCUUACAACCAUUAAAGCUGUUGUUAUGUUGGAUUAUGUUGAAAGAGCAACAUGGAACGACCGCUUCUCAGACAUUUAUGCUUUGUGUGUUGCCUAUCCCGAACCUCUGGGGGAGAGACUUUAUAUGGAAACAAAAAAUUUUUUGGAAAAUCAUGUACGCCAUUUGCACAAGAGAGUCUUGGACUCUGAAGAACAAGUACUGGUAAUGUAUCAUAGAUAUUGGGAUGAAUACAGUCAAGGGGCAGACUAUAUGAACUGUUUAUACAGAUACCUCAAUACGCAGUUUAUUAAAAAGAACAAAUUAACUGAAGCUGAUCUUCAGUAUGGUUAUGGAGGUGUGGAUAUGAGUGAACCGUUGAUGGAGAUCGGUGAGCUUGCACUUGAUAUGUGGAGGAGAUUAAUGAUUGAGCCCUUACAGGCCAUCCUCAUUCGAAUGCUCCUCCGUGAAAUCAAAAAAACUGAUCAGCAGUACAAGCUUCAGCCACUUCUGUCAGUCAGCCUUGUUCCAGGUGAUCGUUGUGGAGAAGAUCCAAAUCAGAAAGUAAUCCAUGGGGUUAUUAACUCCUUUGUUCAUGUUGAACAGUAUAAGAAAAAAUUCCCUCUGAAGUUUUAUCAGGAAAUUUUUGAGUGUCCUUUUCUGAAUGAAACAGGGGAGUAUUAUAAACAAGAAGCUUCAAAUUUAAUGCAAGAAUCAAACUGCUCACAGUAUAUGGAAAAGGUUUUAUGUAGAUUAAAAGAUGAAGAAAUGAGAUGUCGAAAAUACCUACACCCCAGUUCCUAUGGCAAAGUAAUUAAUGAAUGCCAACAGCGAAUGGUAGCAGAUCACUUACAGUUCCUCCAUGCAGAAUGCCAUAGCAUCAUCCGACAAGAGAAGAGAAAUGACAUGGCAAAUAUGUACACGUUGCUUCAUGCUGUGCCAAGUGGCUUACCUCAUAUGAUUCAGGAACUACAAAACCAUAUCCAUGAUGAGGGCCUUAGAGCAACCAGCAAUCUUUCUCAGGAAAACAUGCCCACUCAGUUUGUGGAGUCAGUGUUGGAAGUACACAGUAAAUUUGUUCAGCUUAUCAGCACUGUUUUGAAUGGUGACCAGCGGUUUAUGAGUGCCCUUGAUAAGGCUUUGACAUCAGUAGUGAACUAUAGAGAGCCAAAGUCUAUCUGCAAAGCACCUGAGCUGCUGGCCAAGUAUUGUGACAACUUGCUAAAAAAAUCAGCAAAAGGCAUGACAGAAAAUGAAGUAGAAGACAAACUUACAAGCUUCAUUACUGUUUUCAAAUACAUUGACGAUAAAGAUGUUUUCCAAAAGUUCUAUGCCAGAAUGUUGGCUAAACGGCUUAUACAUGGUUUGUCUAUGUCCAUGGAUUCUGAAGAAGCUAUGAUUAAUAAAUUGAAGCAAGCCUGUGGUUAUGAGUUCACUAGCAAGCUCCACCGAAUGUAUACAGACAUGAGCGUUAGUGCAGACCUAAACAACAAAUUCAACAACUUCAUAAAAAGUCAAGACACCGUUGUGGAUUUGGGAAUUAGUUUUCAAAUAUAUGUUCUUCAGGCUGGUGCAUGGCCUUUGACUCAGGCGCCUUCAUCUACAUUUGCAAUUCCUCAGGAACUGGAAAAAAGUGUACAGAUGUUUGAAUUAUUUUACAGUCAGCAUUUCAGUGGGAGGAAACUUACCUGGUUACAUUACCUCUGCACAGGUGAGGUCAAGAUGAAUUAUUUGUGCAAGCCAUAUGUAGCCAUGGUCACAACCUACCAAAUGGCAGUGCUGCUUGCUUUUAACAAUAGUGAAACUGUUAGUUACAAAGAGCUUCAAGACAGUACACAGAUGAAUGAGAAGGAACUGACGAAAACUAUCAAGUCGUUACUUGAUGUCAAAAUGAUCAAUCAUGACUCGGACAAGGAAGAUGUUGAUGUGGAGUCUACUUUUUCUUUAAAUAUGAACUUCAGCAGUAAACGGACAAAAUUUAAAAUCACAACAUCAAUGCAAAAAGAUACACCACAGGUGCCACUCAGAUGCUUCUAGGAAGUGAACCCUCUCCCAUUACUGCUGCCAGCAGCCAGUAUUCAGUGGUAUGCUGUUUUCAGAGCUGGUUAUAUAUAGCUGUCAUGACUAGAAGCCAUUGGAAAGAAUGUUCAGACUGUAGUUUUGCUUACCAGAGACAGAAAAGAAGAAUGCAUAUCCCACUAUUUUAAGUGGUGCAUCUUUGGAAUUGUACCAAAGAUGCACUUGCUUGACCUGAUAAUGUUCAAUAAAUAUUUCUAGCAUAUGUAUAAGAUUUGCCUUGCAGGAUCAGACCUAGAUCAGUCUAUCCCAAUAUUCUGUUUUCAGCAGCCAACCACAUAACAUGCCUUAAGAAGUUUGCAUUGUGGCAGUGGUUUUCCUCUGUGGUUCAUCUCUAGUUACACCAUUUGCAACUUAUUUUGCCUUUCUUUGUGGUUCUGAUUUAUUACUAUGUCCAUUAUAUCCAUCAGCAAUUAAUGGCUAAAACUUCAUUUCCAAAAUUCAUCUAAACAAAUACCUUUUAUUACAUCUUCUGGUGGUGAAUCCCAUUAGCUAUCCAUCUGCAGUGUACGAAGUACUCGCCUUUGGCACACCUAAACGUGACUGCACAUAGUCUUUACUUUACUUCUAGUAUUACACAAGCAAAAGAAAUAGUUUAUUCUCUUCAUAUUGUUCAUAGUUCUCAUGAACCAUGAUGUUGAUCCUUAAUCUUUUUAAAACCUAAGCUCUUAACUGGCAUUGCACUUUCAAAGUUAUGCUUCAAUGCCUUUUCACUUAGUUUGUAGCUUUAGAGGGUUGUCCCAGUGACCUUCCGUCCAGGAACUUCUGAGAUCAUCAUCCAUUUUAACUUUGGAGAGCACUAGAGUGUUGGUGUCCUCCAGAUUACUCACUAACAAAAGCUCUAGCUAGCUUUGAGCAUGAUGAAAUGUGCAACUUGAACAGCCAAUUCCAUGAUUGUACACCUGGAGUAAGCAUCACAAUUAGCCCACUGAACUGCACUUUUCUUAACUAUUUUUUGUAUA